CCAGCAUCGCCCUGCGCGCUUUUGUCCUCCAAGCCGUCCGUCGCCGCACCAUGUUGCCGCCCUACCGCCCGCCAUGAGUGCCGCCAAGGACGCUGACCCGCCCGCCCACGACUCCCUCAAGUACCACCUGCUGGGGCCCUCGCUCACAAAGGCCGGCCAGGACACGGUCGACCAGCAAAAGGUCUCCGAGGUCAUCUACAACGCCUCCAAGGGCUCCAAGUUCUUCAACAACGAGGAGCUCAAGGACAAGAACCUCACCGAGAAGAUCACAAAGACCCUCGCCAAGAAGCGCCAUCUGGAGCAGCUCGACCUCUCGUCCGACCUGCGCCGCGCAGACGACUACAUCGCCGAGUUGGAGCUGACCCGCGACCUCAGCCAGGUCGUGGUGCAUCUUGACUGUGAUGCUUUUUAUGCUGCUGUUGAGGAGCUGGACAGGCCUGAGCUGAAACAUGUUCCCAUGGCUGUGGGGAAAGGCGUCUUAACCACAUGCAACUACCAUGCGCGCAAGUUUGGCUGUCGCUCGGGCAUGGCAGGCUUCGUUGCCAUGAAGCUCUGUCCACAGCUCAUCUGCGUGCCCAUGAACUUCGCCAAGUACAGCGCCAAAGCAGAGGAGGUCCGAACAGUACUGGCACUCUACGAUCCCGGUUUCGAGAGUGCCUCUUGUGACGAGGCCUACCUCAACCUCACGCAGUACUGCCAGGAGCACAGCAUGAGCCCCGAAGAAGCAGUCAGCCAGCUGCGCGCAGAAGUGCACGAGAAGACAGGACUCACCGUCUCGGCUGGCAUUGCCGCCAACGCGAAGCUCGCCAAAAUCUGCUCCAACAUAAACAAGCCCAACGGACAAUUCCUCCUCCAAAGCGACAGACAGACAAUCAUGGACUUCAUGAAGACAAUGCCGACCCGCAAAGUCAACGGCAUCGGCCGCGUCUUCGAGCGCGAACUAGACGCCAUCGGCGUCAAAACAUGCGGAAACAUCUACGCCCAGCGCUCCUACCUGCCGCAGCUCUUCGGCCAAAAAGCCUUCCAGUUCCUAAUGCAAUGCUACCUAGGCCUAGGCCGCACGCAAAUCCAGCGCGCCGAAGCCCGCGAGCGCAAGAGCGUCGGCACCGAGACUACAUUCCGCGAACUCGGCUCCCCGGACGCCCUGCGCGAGAAGUUACGCUACGUCGCAGACGAGCUGGAAAAUGACCUCAAGCGCACAGAGUUCAAGGGUAGAACAUUGUGUAUAAAAGUCAAGCUACACACGUAUGAACUGCACACCAGACAGACUACCCCGCCCUUCGCCGUCCAUAGGGCAGACGACUUGUACAAGUACAGCCUCCCCAUGCUCGAAAAGCUCAUGAAAGAUAUUCCGAACUUCAAACUCCGCCUUCUGGGACUGCGCGCUACCCACCUCGUCAGCACGAAGAAACCCGGUAUAGAUUUCUUCGCCCGCCAGAAAUCCGCUGCGAAACAACCAGCAAAAACAUCAACAUCAACAAGCGGAUGGCAAGUCUGGCCCGACGAGGAAUUCGAAUUCGAAGAAGCAGCCCGCCAAGAACGCGCAGACGAAAUGAACGACCUGGAAAUCUUAUCCCAGGAACAUGAAAAAGAACAGCAACAGCAAGAUACCCCUGUACAAGAACAGUGGACAUGUCCCAUAUGCACGCUCCCUCAACCCCCGCUCGACAAGACGUUCAAUGCGCAUAUUGACUUUUGCCUCUCGCGUCAGACGAUUAAGCAGGCUGUGCAGGAUACUGCGCCGGAGGUGGGGGGUAGGGAGUAUAAGGUGGGGGGGAAGAGGGGGAAGCGCGGGAGGGAGAGUGUGGCGGAGGAGGAGCGGGCGAGGGAGAAGAGGAGGGGUUUUUUUAGGCUGGGGGGAGGGGGGACGUGA